GUUUCGCUCAAGUUCUUUCCAGACUUGGCCAUCGUGAAAAUUUAUGGUGCUUUUUAUUUUUUGGGUUAUUUUUUCUUGAUUUUACUUUGCGGGUCGACUCGAGCGCUUUGUCGCUGCCAAACACACUCAGCACUGCCCACCGUCCUGUCCUGUCACGUUUUUCGCUCUCUCCAGUAGGCCUGUUGUUCCCGCGUCCGUCUAGGACGACAUGGCCACGAAACCACUGCUUCCUUCACCUGCAUACAUCCUCACGUUCGACUUGCACUCGUUCUUCGCACAAUCGUCAUGUCCUCACGAUUUACGAUUCAUUACGGCGGUCCCACUAUCCAAAAAUCUCGUUCGGUAUCUCCCUGUCAAAACGCUCUCGAAAUCGCAAGCUUGACAGAACGUCCCCGCCAUCGCAGUGAAGACGGUAGCGGUAGAUUGUGUUUUUCUAUCUAUUGAUGCCCUAUCUAUGCCGUAUUCCCUCGUUUUCGGCGCUGCCUACCCUCCAUCCUGCUGUUGUGAUGUUUGUCUCAUCAUACUGCAUAUAACAUGUCGCCUUCCAUCACAAUUCUACUACCCGCUUGGUUUAACUCAUGACUGUCUUGAAUAUGAUGGGUGAUAUAACGGUUUAUUUGUUCCAUUCUUUCUUUUGUAUCAGUUUCUCGUUCGAUUAUGGAAAUUGUGUACACGGCAACGUUUCGCUGUUCGCAAUGAAUAAUCACUGUUCUGUGGUCCUUUU